AGAUUAUUUUCCACUAUCAUUCUCCCUCUAUUGUAAACACUCUCUAUCAAUAAAGAUCUUGGUCUCACACCAUCUACUCUAUUUUUACGGUUAACAAUUUCGGUCAUUAUUUUUAUUGCGGUUCCAGCCACUGUUCCUUGCUAUGGCUCUUUAUUUCAUUAUCUGCUAUGGCUAUACAUACUUUUACGGUAGUCCCGAUUAUUGCUGACUUAAGUAUCGGAGUGUCUACCUCGAGGAUCCACCUCGGGGCUUUGCAGGUCAAUCCAGAGUGCAGAUACGGACUGAAGAAGGAAUUCUGGUUUGGUGCAGUUACAAGACGGAAGUGCGGCAACACUUCAGACGCAGCUCGAUGUGCUGAUGGGUACCGUAAUGGCGACAUAAGGGAGGUGAAUUGGAUGUACUACGAUCGCGAUGUGUGCCGCCUCUACUUGUCUGGCCUUUGUCCUCACGAGUUCUUCCAAUUAACGGCAUCUUUGCCCCAACCAUUGCCAAACCCUCUAUCUUUAGCACCAUUGCCUGUGCUUGCACCUGAUCCUUGGACCCAGGAAACGAUAAAUGAGAAGCUGAAGAAAGCCGAGGAUCUUGAUAAGACUCAGUCUCGCUUGCUCUCUUAUUGUUGUUUAGGUGAGGAAGGGAUGGUAGACAAGGCACAAAAAGCGCUAGAAGAGGCUGAAACACUCAAGAAGCACUUUGCUAGACAGGAGCCUGUUCUGAAUUCCUCAAAGUAUACUGCUGCUGAUGUUCGCAUUAUGAACUGAUCAAAAGCUAUGUGUAUGUGAUAUUUGUGGAGCAUUUUUGAGUGUUUAUGACAGUUACAUUUUAUUAUCAUCUACUUCUUGAUAAUAGUCUUUUAUCUUCUUUCUAAGGGCUUCAAAAAGUUAGUGUUUGAGGUUUCAAGUGCUUCAGCUUUUGACCUGGCUAUUAUACCUCCUUGUCACAAGCAGGCUUUGCGCCCGGUUUUACGAGGAUAACUUUUGCAGCUACAUAAUGUGUGUCUUUUUCUCUUUUUGUACUUGUAGACCAUGCAAUUGUUAGAUAAUAAAUAUUUGGGAAACUG